AUGGCUGCGAACGGAGUUGAACAGAAACUCGCUCUGCACCACAAGGGCAGCAAUGACCCGUUACCUCGAAUCAAGACGAUCGAAUGGUUCCGCGUGAAACCACGAUGGCUAUUUGUCAAGAUCACUGACGAGUCUGGAGGCUACGGAUGGGGUGAAGCGACCCUUGAAGGCCACGACAAGGCCGUCGAGGGUGCUCUGUCGGAAAUGGCUGACCGACUUGCCGGUUACGUCGCAGAUGAUAUUGAGCAUAUUUGGCAGACAUUCUGGAGAUUGGGCUUCUACAGAGGUGGCCCAGUUUUCAUGUCUGCCCUAUCCGGUAUCGACAUUGCUCUAUGGGAUCUAAAAGCUCGUCGUCUGAAUGUGCCCAUAUAUCAGCUGCUCGGAGGUAAGGUCAGGAACAAAGUGCAGGUCUAUGCAUGGAUCGGUGGCGAUCGGCCUGCAGAUGUGGAAGUCGCUGCCAAAGCUCGCAUCGCUCAAGGUCUCCGCUGUGUCAAAAUGAAUGCCACAGAGGAUGUCUGCUGGCUAGAUUCGCCGGCCGUGCUCGAUUCGACUGUGGAACGUCUGAAGCAAGUCAAGGCACUUGGCCUAGACGCAGGGCUUGACUUCCAUGGCCGGCUGCACAAGUCAAUGGCCAAGCAGUUGGCAAGAGCGCUAGAGCCCCACAGGCCUCUGUUCAUCGAAGAACCGCUGCUGGUAGAACAUCCAGAGGCACUGAAGCAGCUGGCAGGCAUGACUACUAUCCCAAUUGCGUUCGGCGAGCGUAUCUACACCCGCUGGGACGCAAAAAGAUUUCUCGAGGACGCAUGCGUUGACGUUCUUCAGCCAGACAUUGCCCAUGCUGGUGGCAUCUCAGAAACAAAGAAGAUCGCUCAGCUUGCAGAGACAUAUGACGUGGCUAUUGCUCCUCACUGUCCGCUUGGUCCGAUCGCUCUGGCCGCGUCCAUGCAAGUUGCAAUCAGCAUCCCCAACUUUGUCAUUCAGGAGAUGUCUCUGGGCAUGCACUACAACACUGAGGCGGGCGAGGAGGAUCUCAUGACCUAUGUCAAGGACCCCAAGGUCUUUGACAUCGAAGAUGGGUACAUCAAGGUCCUCACCGGGCCAGGUCUCGGUAUAGAAGUCGACGAAGAGGCAGUUCGGCGGAUAGCUAAAGACACUGGCUACUGGCAAUGCAAGGAAUUCUACGGACCUGAUGGAUCGAUUCGAGAAUGGUAG